AUGGACUUGUGGGUGGUUGCAGCAGCUGCUGGCGCUGGAUAUUUGACUAAGUAUUGGCAGAAUAUUUCUAGGAAUGGGGAUAAGGAUAGCUUGUUACAGUUUUCUUCUGGGGAUGCAAAUCUUGACAAAUCUGAGUCCCCAAGCCAUCCCUUCCAGAGACUCGCACGGAGAAAGAAAGUGGGUGAUGCCGUUUCUACAGAUAGAAAAAAGGUUUCAGAUAAUAACCUGUUAGAAAGUGCUUGUGGGACAGAAGUGGCUUCUACUAGUGGGUAUGAUGGUGAAAAACUGGGAGGCUUUGUAAAUUACAAGGACUGCAACGUACUUUCUCUAUCAAAUAUGUUACCAGUAUACUCAGGAAAUGACAAUAAGGAUGGGGAUGGAACUUGGCUAAGUAAUGAUAUUGAUGACAGUACUAGUGUCAUGUUGCCUAAAUCUCCAAAUGGAGAAAGGGGUUCUUCUUAUGUUCCUCUGAGGAACAGAAGCUCUAUUAGAGCUGAACAUUCAUACAGGCAUAUUGUUAAGCCGGUCAGUUCCUUAGAAAGUUGCCUUAUGGCUCAAUUAUAUAAAGAGCGUGCUGAAAUGGAAGAGUAUGCGCUUACCCUUCUAUCAUCAUCCACUCCAAGUAUUAGGCCAUUGUUUGUGACUGAUGGAAGCCGAAUAAUCAGCAGAGGUAGUGGUGAUCAUUUCAGUGCUCAUAUUGGAAUUGAGGAAAAUAAGCUGCGUAAGGAAGCCUAUUUAGAAACAAAUGAAAAUGUCUGCGGGUUUCCUCCACCACCGAAACUGGGUUAUUUGGAUCUCUCUAAGAAGAUGAAAACUAAGACAGGAAAGGGACAGAACGGAAGGUUGGGCAGUUCCAGUAAAAUGGUCAAUGGGAAACACUUCCAUUCUGAAGGUUCACCAGAAGGACCAGUUCUACUCUGUCUUGGGAUUUCUAUUGGCAUAAUAUCUUCUUUUAUAACAAAUAAACGAGAAGUUGACAAGUUGAAAGAUCUAUUGAAGCAGACUGAGAACUUGGUUCAGGAUCUGGAGGAAGAACUUGAGAUGAAAGAUUCAGUAACAGUGAAGGAGCUAGCUAAGGAGAAUUAUGAAUCACAUGAUACUUGUGACCAUUCAUUUUUUGACAGGGCACCAAAUUCGUUUUCUCCUGAACAGAAUAUGGACAAAUAUGAUGGUAGAGAUUCAUAUGACCGGAAAGCAGAAGAGUUUUCAGAGUCAAUGAGUAAAAUAGAGGCAGAGCUUGAAGCUGAACUUGAGAGGUUGGGGCUAAACGUGAAUACUUCUACUACAGAGAGAAGAUUGAUUGAUCUUGCCGAGCUUGACCCAGACUUAAUCACAGAUUUUGCUCAAGGCGAGUUGAGAGCUGACAUCGUUGGUGGUUUAGCUGUUGCCCAACCCAAGUCAAAUGAAGAGGCAAGCAGCAACUCUACGGCUCAUCACUGUGCAAACUAUGCAGUUUCUCCUAGAGAGCUUAGCUUGCGUCUGCAUGAAGUUAUCCAAUCAAGACUAGAAGAACGUGUCCAGGAGCUUGAGGCAGCUCUAGAGAACAGCCAAAGGAAGGUCAAGAUCGUGGAAUUGAAGCACGAGGAUUGUGGAAGUGGGUUCUCAGAAAGUCGUAUACAUUCCACAAUCCAAGAAAGUACAAAUUCUGAAGAAAAAUGCAAUACUGUGGCGGAGCCUCUGGUCAUGAAUUUAUCAGGAGAAGCUUUAGAUGCAUACAAUGAGGCUUACGAAGAGUUGAUGAAGAUCAGUGAGUCAGAAGAGGAGGAUUCUCCUUGUCAAGUUUUUGAAACAUUCAGGGCUCAAAACCCCUGUCAAACUCAAAGUGAUGAGGUAAAUGGUUCCAUAGGACAUUUUGCUUCCAGUAAAGAGGAAACCUUAGCAGAGGAUAUCUUUUCCUUCGAGAGCAAAGUAAGAAUGUUGGAUGAGGAGCACAUUUCCAGGGUUCAGAGUUCAAAUAACACAUCUGUAACUGGGGAAGAGCAUAGUGAUUCUGAUGCAGAGAUGGAGAAACAAUUGAUAAUGCAGAUUGUGGAGAAGACCAAGAAAGGUUCUCCUGUAGUCCUGAAUGCGCAAAGGUGGUUGUUCCAAUCAAUGGAUGAGACUGAGCGUUAA